AUGACUGAAGUUCUUCCUAAUUCAUCAAUAAAUGAAAAAUCAAAACAAUCAAUAUUCAAUCGUAUUAAAUUGAUUCAACGUUAUUUUUCUAAUUCAACCCUUCAGUCUAAAUCUAUGGAUAAACCAUCAAAAUCAAUAUUAACCAUUCAACAUAAAACAUUGAAUGAUAAUCUAUUACCUUGUCAACAGAUUACAUCAUCAAAAUCUAAUGAUCAUCAUCAUCAUCAUGAUAAAAAGAAUUGGACAAUGAAACAAUUUAAAAAUUAUAUCAAAAUUAACCAUAGCAACAAGCAUCAACAUAAAUCAACGACAUUAACUGUUAUACCUACAAGAGAAAUAAUUACACCUUAUUCUUCUUAUUCACAUAAUUCAUAUACAAAACAAUAUCAUACCUUAAAAGAAAUUUCAUCCAACAGAAAUGACAUGAUCAAUGUACAAACUUUCAAAUCAAUCGGUGAUAUUUCAUCAUUACAACAAUCGAUUUCAUUGAGUUCAUUAAGUUUAAAUGAUGAUGAUGAUGAGGAUGAUGAUGAGGAUCAGAAUAAAUCUUAUCAAAAAAUAACUAAUCUUGAUGAAAUAAAUGAUGAAAAUAUGACUGUAUCCAAAUUUGUUAAUGAUAUUAUAAAACAAUCAGAUUUAGAUAAAAGUUGGUUAACUAUUGAUGGUGAUGAUGAUCAUCAUCAUCAACAACAACGAGCACAGCAACAACAACGAGAACAACACCAACAACGAGAACAGCACCAGCAGCAACGAGAACGACAACAACAACGUGAAUUAUCAAUGUCUGAUAUCUAUCCAAUAUGUACAAGUCAUGAUCCACUUAAUGAUUCAUUGAAAUACUUUACAUCCUUGUCUUCUAAUAUGUCAAUUAUAAAUAAAAAAGAAAAAAAUUCGAAUAUUUUAUCAUCAAUAUUAUCGAAAUGUAACAAUAAUAAUAAUAAGGAUAAAAGUUUAUUAUUAAAACGUAAUUUAAAUAGGCUGAAAAAAUGUAAAACUUUAUCAACUAUGGAGAUUGAUUUGUUGCUAUGUGAAAAUACACGAAUUUCUUCUGGCACAUUUAAUGGUCAUCAAUCGUUGGGUAGAAAUCUUAACAGACCGAAAAGCUACUUCAAUCAAGAACAUGAUCGCAACAACAACAAUAAUAAUAAUACUAAUAAUGAUAAUGCAAAUUCUUUUACAUCUUUAGUAUCUAAUUGUAAUGAUUAUUCAUUGAAAGAAAUUAAUUCAUCUAUUAAAUUUAAUCAAACUAUUCAUAGUAUCCCAGAUACAUUAUCAAUAAUAAAAGUACAAAAUACUGAUCCAUUAUUGAAUCAUUCACCACGUCGUUCAUCUUCUUUAAUUAGAUAUCAUCAUCAUCAUCAUCAUCAGAAUGAUCAUACAAGUUCGAUUAAAUUAAAUCGUUCACAUUUUCAACAUUCCGAUCAUCAUCCUCAUCAUCAUCAACAGCGGCAACAACAACCACAACCACAACAACAGCCUUAUAUUUCAAAUUAUCCUAUUGAACAUUUAAUUGAUCAUGAUAUAUCAUUGCCUUAUAUGCCGACUUUAUUUAGUUCCGAUAGUAAAUCAUCAUCGUUAAGUAAAGAAAGUGGAGGAAAAAAGAUUUUAAACUUCCUUCAACGUGGAUUUCAAUCGAAACGACCAAAAUCAAUGGUAAAAAGUGAACGAAGAAAAAAUGCUAAACAUCUUUCAGGUUCCGCCUCCAAUUCUGAUCAGAAUCUUCCAAGAUCACCAUCAGUUAUCAGUUCUCACAAGGCGAUUGUAUCUCUCGGAGAACAAAUUAGGUUGCCAUCAGAACUAUACAGUGUGUUUCAAGUGAAACCUACAAAGUUUGCUUUGACAUCUGGCAAAACAAAUCUCGAAACUACUGACGAUGUUAGCCAUCUAGUCCAAAUAUGUAAUGUUGAUCCAAGUUUGAUUGGAAGUAACUGUAAAUACUACUUUCAAGUUAUGUCUCCAUCCCGAAGAAUGAUCAAGGACCCAACCAUGUGCCUUGAUAGUCCACAAAGGAAAACUGAUAAUGUCCAAUGUUCCUGUCUAGAGAACAACGAUGAUUUCUCAGCUAUGAACACACCAAACCUCCUUCGAACUGUCAGUCAUUCUCAGGGUAACGUAGGAGAAACUGUCAAUAUUCCCUUUGUGAUUCACAAUUAUUCGUGUCAGUCAGCUUUGGAAAGAGAUCGAUGGGUACAAUAUUUGAAGCGGCUGAUCAACCCAUCUCAAGAUGCUCAACGUCGUAAAGAGAAUUGUUUGAAUGUAUGGAUUCAAGAAGCAAAGGGAUUAAGUAUAAAAAAUAGAUAUUAUUGUACAAUUUUGGUCAAUGGUACAAUCUGUGCACGUACAACAAUCAAACAGAUGACAGAUAUGUUGUUCUGGGGUGAAGAGUUUGAUUUAAGCGGUCUUACAAAUUGCUCAGAUCUAACGAUUGAGAUAUGGAAAGUGUGUGAUACCAAAGCUAGUUCUCCAUCUCAUCGUCAUCGGACUGCUUCCCCAUAUCGAUUAACAGCAUCGAAUCUUCGUCAACAGACAAAUACAAGUCCUCCAAUGCGUAAGGUAAUGAUGACUUGCACAAAAGCUGCAGAUGAUGGGUCGGUUUCACCACCUGACCUUACAGCCUUGCGUAAUUCUGUCAUUCUGGAUGAUUUAUCAACUACGUAUACCAAUAAUGAUGAAGUGUCUUCAAGACAAAAGCGUCGUAAAUUCAAGUCAUCGAAAAUGGCUAAUCCAACUCUUAUAGCAACAGUCAAUAUUUCUUUAUCGGAUAUUUCUAAUUGUGGUGAAAUAGAAAGUUGGUAUACUCCAAAUUUGAAUGACUCAAUUCUAUCAUCUGGUCAAUUGAAACAAUCAGAUAAUAAAAACUCCGGUGAAUCCAGUGUAAAUAAAACCAAAUCCAAAGGACGACGCUCCAAUCGUCAUGAUAUCAAUUUGAAUUUAAUACAGAUUCGUGUAAAAAUUCGUUAUCGUGCCCUAACUGUUUUACCGUUAACAAGUUAUGCUCGUUUAGAAAAUAAUUUAUGCCAAUUUCAAUUACCCAAAACGAUAUCACUCUCAAAUGGUACGGAUAAAUUAAGUAGUUUCAAAUUUGAUCCCAAUCCCCCAUUAACUACAUCUGAUAAACCUGAUCUAAUUCAAUUAUUGUCCAGCUUAGAUCCAUGGUUAAAUGUUAAGGCUAAAGCUGAAUUAGCCGGUGCUAUGGUUGUUUUACAACAGGCUCGUGGACAAGUAACUGAAUUCUUGGCCAGUCUUAUUUUAUGUGAAGUUAAAAAACAAAGAAAUAUUUUAUAA